AAACAUACCAUGAUGUAAUAUAAAGCUUUCGAGCAGAUUUAUUUUGCAGCUAUGCCACCAAUCUAUAAGCAUAUACGCAUAUAUGUCUGACAUGGUUGCAAAAUAACACUUCUGUUUAUAAAAUGGCUGUUUAUGUAUACACUUAUUAUAUAGGUAUGUGCGUAAAUAUAUCGGGUGAAAUUUUGCAGUUUCACUUUACCUCCGUUUAUGCCACGGAUUAUGUAAAAAAAACACGGCAAAAAGUGUAGGACGCUAUUAAGAUUAAGCUGUACACAUCCGGAAAUAAAGAUCCGAUUGUGCUCGCGAUCAGUUACGUCACUCGCGAGGAAAAUGCGAGCGCGAGUCGAACGUAAAUGGAAAGCGCGCGCGUUUUUGGCGACGCGACGCGUGACGAGGUUAUAGCGGGGCCGUUUCGUGGACUCGGGGGACCGGCGAGAGUCGGCCGAGGGAAGACCGCGAGAAAGGUCACGGACUUUUCGAUUGGCGAUACUGACCGAGUUGCCAAGGAAACCGCAGUUUUCAAAUACCUCGCAAUGGCCGCCAACGCCGAUGAAGGCACGGUUUUUCGCGUGAGCAACAGUUUGUGUCACUUUUCGAGAAAUGGAGCGUAUCUGGCAGUGGCGUUUCAAACGAAUCUGCUCGUCAAGGACGCAGCGACUCUCGACACCCGCCAGUCGUUCGUAUUCGGGGACGUGAUACAGUAUAUGGAAUGGUCCUUAAACAGCGAGUACAUUGUUUGCGCGAAUAUCAAAAGAGCUAUCGUUCAGGUAUACUCGAUACGCUGUCCACAGUGGAAAUGCAAACUUACCGAGGGCAGUGCAGGCCUGCAGAGCGUUAGCUGGGCUCCAGACAGCAGGCACAUUUUUACAAUAGCAGAUUUUAACAUUCAAGUAUCCGUUUGGAAUCUGGAAGAACAGACGGUGUCGUAUAUACAGAAUGUAAAAUCCUCUUCCUUUGACAAGGUACACUUUAGUCCCGACGGUAAGAGAUUGGCAGCGAUAGUCACGGAAGAAGGCCAAGACACAGUGGAAAUUUACAAAACCGAGAACUGGAAAAUAAGCAGAAAACUGAUCUGCGAUCGUCUACGCGGCAUCGACGGGAUUCGCUGGUCGCCGAACGAUGAAUUGUUGUGCAUAUGGUGCUCCUCUGCCGCCGAACCUAAGCUGGUCGUUUAUUCCACCGCGCUGGAGAAACACGUGGCGGCGUUUGCCCCGCUGGAAGCAGCACAGCCGUCCGAGGUGUCCAACCACGGGAAGGAACUGAGAGGAAUUGAAAAUGUCGAGUGGAUCUCCAGCGGGCAGUUGUUGGCUGUAAUCGGAUUCAACGAAGUGGUCGUCCUUCUUAAUUACGUCACGUGGCAACCGUUGUCAAAGUUAUAUCUGGAUCCGGUAAUCAGGGAAUGUAAUUACUUAACGAAAGUAUACAAGGAGUGCGCCGAUUCGGAGAAAGUCUCGAACAAACGCUUCGCGUCCUGCGAGGAACGCGUUUUACGCGAGAUGCAUGAACGGCCCAUAUGCAUUACGAUUGGACAGAAGGACAAUAACGACAAUUUCUCGGUGGCGAGGAUCAAACUGUUUGAAUUUAGCACAUGCGGACAAUAUUUGGCUCUGAAACACGAGCUUUAUCCUACCACGUUGUGGAUAUGGGACAUCUGUACGGACUAUCUGGACUAUUUGCUGCUUGAAAAUUCCAUUACAGCUAUCAAAUGGAGUCCCGUUCAUCCACGAUUGUUCGUGCUCUCCGAGUGUACACGCGUGUACGAGUGGACCCGCAAAGGCGCGAGCCCUGUGCCAAUGUCUAAAAAUAUGUCGGUUGUAGACGCGUAUUGGCAUCCUUCGGGAGAAAAAGUUGCAUUGUGCGGCUAUAAUAAAGCGAUCAUUUAUGAAAUCACAAAUACAACUUAAUAAAUAAUAGUUGGAUUAUAACCCGUGAUAUAUUUUUGCCUAAUAUAAAUAAUAGUACAUUAAUAAUAUGUUAAAGUAUUAUCGAGUCUAUGGCGGAAUAUUUUUGAAAUAAUAUAUCAAUUUUGUAUAUUUUUAUCUUGGCCAUACUUAAGUAAUUUAUGCUGUAAAAAAAGAUAUUCUGUAAUACUUAUUAUAUGUAUACAUAUCUGACAAUAAGAUUUACAAAUAUUUUGUAUCUUAAAAUAUAAAAAUCUGCAAUUUAUAUUGCAUAUCUCCGCUCUGUGAUCUGAUUAAAGAUUAAUAUUUAUGGAUAGACAUCGAACAUAGUCGUUACAACGUAUAUAGAUCAUCCAUCGUCAAGAUGUUGCGUGAGAAAUAGAUAGUAGCAGUUUUCUCUAUUCAGGAACGUAGCACUAAGCGGUACAUCACAUAUUCUGUGGUCAUUGCCAAUUUUUCAUUAAUAUCAUAAAAUGAAAAGUUACAAACUGAUGUAAACUCAUACAUUUAACUAUUAAUAACUAUGGUAAUAAUUAUAAUUUAUGCCAAUUUAUACAUUUUACUCUAUGCAUUUCAUUAACAUGCAUGGAAUACCUUCUCUUUUUAAUUUUAUUUUGCGGAAAUUAAAGGGAGAAAAUUUUGUGUUAUUGCUCUGUAUGCAGUUGCCUCUUAUCAUGUAUAAAAUUAUAUGAAUUAUGAACUUUUUCGCAAUCUUUAUGUUUUAC